UGUUUCCAAAUGCCGGCUGAGAUCUUUUGGCACGGCACCCAGUGUGCCCAUCACCACCGGGACCACCUGCACUGGUUUCUGCCAGAGUCUUUGAAGUUCUGAGUUUUUCCUGUUGUUUUUCGUCAAUGCGACUGUCACCUGGGAUGGCGACAUCAAUGAUCCAAACCUUUUUCUUUUCCACAACUGUGAUGUCUGGUGUGUUGUGUUCCAGAACUUUGUCAAUCUGGAUUCGGAAGUCCCACAGUAUCUUUGCGUGCUCAUUUUCCAAGACUUUUGCAGGUUUGUGAUCCCACCAGUUCUUUGCUGCUGGGAGGUGGUACUUGAGGCAUAAGUUCCAUUGAAUCAUUUGGGCCACAUAGUUGUGCCUCUGUUUGUAGUCUGUCUGUGCAAUUUUCUUACAGCAGCUGAGGAUAUGAUCAAUGGUUUUGUCAACUUCUUUGCACAGUCUGCAUUUUGGGUCAUCAGCUGAUUUUUCGGCCUUAAUUGCAUUUGUUCUGAUGGCUUAUCAUCAUCAUCAUAUGUGGAAGGAUGACUGCCUUGUUUCUGUACUUCUACAUACACGAUGUGCAUUGGGGAUGGCAUUUGAUUUCAUUGGAGGGUGUACAAUGCCAAUAAAGUUAUUGUAUGUGUGUUCCUUGCUCCGCUCUUUUGCAGGCUCAGUCUGUGGCAUGGAGAUCCUCUCCUCUCCCGUUGAUUCGGAUCAGGGCCCUGCUGCCACGGGGGAAUUCCCGUGGCUGGUCUCCUUGCAGGACAUGCAUGGCACGCAUCUGGCCUUUGGGAGCAUCCUGAGCCAGGACUGGCUCCUCAGCACCGCCUCGGCCUUCCAUAACAUAACGCAGGUGAUGGCCCUGCUGGGUGCUGCAGACCCGUCCAAGCUGCAGAGCUUCCCGCUGCCCAUCAGCACCAUCAUCCCGCACGAGGCCUUUGACGAGCUGACGCUGGACCACGACUUGGCCCUCCUCCAGACCCCCGUUCCGAUUGAGUUCAACGAGGCCGUGCAGCCCAUUUGCGUCCCUUUCCAGCGCUUCCCAUCUUCGGCCAUGGAGGACUGCUGGGUGGUGGGCUGGCCACACCCAGAGGCAGACAGGGAGCAGCUCUCUGUGGAAGCUCUCGGUGGUGGACGUGGACCCCUGCCCUCUCCACCGGAUGGUCAGCACAGAAUGCUGCAGCCACCGGGAAGGCGACAGCGUGCCGGGAUGCCUGGGCUACCCUGGCAACCCUGUGGUCUGCCAAGUCAAGGAGAGCGGGCAGUGGAUGCUGAAGGGGAUACUGACCGAGGGAGGCGCGCGGUGCUACGGGCCCUUCCUUUACACCAGGGUGGCUUACUACAGCGACUGGAUCAUGGCCACCACGACCGAGUGGGGGCCCCCGGUUCACGCCAUCCCUUUCCAGAGACACUUUGAAGCCCCAGAGGAGUUCCCGGAAGGGCUGUUUGAGCUCCCGGUCGACGAGACAGACCUGCGCUCCUUCCAAGACCAUCCCGACGAUUACGACUACAACGAGACGGAGUGGCUCAACGCAAGCAGCCGCCAGGGGCC